AUGUCAGUGAUUGGAAUUGACUUCGGAAACGAAUCCUGCUAUGUGGCUGUUGCCAAGGCCGGAGGAAUCGAAACCAUCGCAAAUGACUACAGUUUGCGAGCUACACCAGCUUGUGUGGCAUUCGUAGGACGCAACCGCGUGCUUGGUGUUGCCGCCAAGAAUCAACAAGUAACAAACAUGAACAACACGAUCGGCAACUUUAAGGGAUUGCUUGGGCGAAAAUUCAACGACCCUUAUGUGCAGGAUGAGCUUCGUAGUCUUCCGUACCGGACGGAGGCAUUACCGGACGGUGGUAUCGGAAUACGAGUGAACUACCUAGACGAGGAGCACGUUUUUACUCCGGAGCAGAUCACGGCGAUGUUGUUCACCAAACUUAAAGAUGACGCAUUUAAAGAGCUAAAAGCACAAAUUAAUGACUGUGUCGUCACCGUACCGUCGUACUUUACUAACGCUCAACGUCAAGCCCUUCUUGAUGCGGCCAAUAUUUCUGGCCUCAAUGUGUUGCGACUCAUGAAUGAAACUACGGCCACGGCUCUAAGUUACGGCUUUUAUAAACAGGAUUUGCCUAUGCCGGAAGAAAAACCACGUAACGUUAUAUUCGUCGAUUGCGGUCAUGCAUCUUUACAGGUGUCAGCAUGUGCGUUUCAUAAGGGCUCGCUAAAAAUGUUGGCCAGCUGUUCAGAUUCUGUUGGUGGCCGGGAUUUCGAUCUAGUGUUGGCAACGCAUUUUAACAAGGAGUUCCAAACGAAAUAUAAGAUAGAUGCUUCGUCUAACAAGAGAGCCUUUCUACGUCUGAUGGCGGAGGUCGAAAAAUUGAAGAAAAAUAUGUCUGCCAACAGCACAAAGCUACCAUUAAACAUCGAAUGCUUCAUGAACGAAACAGAUGUCCAUUCAUCAAUGCAACGUUCGGAGAUGGAAGAGCUUUCGAGUCAUUUGUUCGGACGAAUCGAAUCAACGAUGCGUAAGCUGCUUACGGAUUCAAAACUAACGGCAGAGGAAAUUCAUUCGGUAGAAAUUGUGGGAGGUAGCAGCCGCAUUCCAGCUAUCAAGCAGCUCAUUGAACAAAUUUUCGGCAAGUCUGCUAGUACUACUUUAAAUCAGGAUGAAGCUGUGUCUCGUGGGGCGGCCUUGCAAUGUGCUAUCAUGUCGCCUGCAAUGCGCGUGCGUGAUUUCACCUGCACGGAUGUGCAGGCCUAUCCAGUGCUGAUAUCCUGGACGGAUGCAGAUGGUGCUCAUGAGAUGAAGGUAUUCGACCAGUAUCAUGCAUCACCGUUUACACGAUUGUUGACCGUCCAUCGUAAAGAACCGUUGACGAUUAAUUUGCAUUACGAACCAAAUAGUGCACCCUAUCCUGAUGCAUUUAUUGGUUCGUACCAUUUGAAAGGCAUUAAACCCGAUACGAAUGGCGAACCGCAGGAAGUAAAAGUAAAGGUUCGCAUUAACCAUAAUGGAAUCGUUACUAUAUUAAGUGCAACGAUGUACGAGCGCAAGGAAAGUGAAGAACCAGCAUCACCAACUCCAGCCACCAAUGGUGAUCAACAGAAAAGCGGUGAUGCAACCCAAAAUGCAGCAUCACCACAAGGUGACGAAUCUGGCAAGGUUGGAGAACCCAUGGAUAUCCAAGAGGGUAGCGAUGAUGAGCAUCCUAAAAAGGACUCUAAACCCAACGAUAGUAGUGGAGAGGGUUGGACGCAACGUGUCACCAGAUGGUUCACAUCGGACAAGAAGAAAAAAGUAACUACUAAACAAGUGGAAUUGACGAUUGAUUCAAAAACGCAUGGAUUUGUUCAUGCCGAUUUGUCCAAAUUCUUCGAAGAAGAGGUAAAAAUGAUUGCAAACGAUCGUCAAGAGAAAGAGCGCAUUGAUGCCCGAAAUGCACUGGAGGAGCAGGUAUAUGAAGUACGUGAAAAAAUUCAAGAAGAUGGCUCCUUGAAUGCUUUCAUCGAUCCUCAAGAUGCUGCCGCAAUUUGUCGCGAACUGGAGGAAACUGAGAAUUGGCUGUACGAAGAAGGCGAAUCUUGCGAAAAAGGAGUAUACAAAGCGCGGUUAGAGAAAAUGCGCGCUAAGAUUGAACCGGUUCGGAACCGUUGCGAAGAGUAUAGUGGCCAGGAACAGGCAUUUACAGAACUUGGGCAUGCUGUUCAGCAAGCUUUGAAAGCAGUAGAACAGUAUCGUGCGAAAGACCCUAGAUAUGAACAUCUUACGGAAACAGAAAUGAUUAAUAUUACCGAGGCUGCACAAAAGGCACAGAAAUGGUACGAAGAAGCCCGAUCGAAGUUGGUAAUCGUAAGGAAAACUGAAGAUCCUCCGGUCAAGCUUGCAGAUAUUCGCCAUGAAACGCAAACGCUAACGACAUGCACGAACUCAGUUUUGAACAGACCAAAACCGAAGCCCCCGACUCCACCAGCAGACCAGAAUCAACAGAACAGUUCAGCGGGAACGGGUAACAAUAGUGCUGGGCAGGAUUCGCAACAAAAAGCUACAGGGAGUGAUAAUCAAGAUUCUAACACACAGAAGCAAACGACAGAGGAUUCCAUGGAUGUGGAAUAG